AUGUCUUCUGCUCGAUACAGUAGUAUGCUCGCGAAGUGUCGAGUACUCGUGCUGGGUGGCUCUUCGGGAAUUGGCUUCUCCGUAGCUGAACAUGCCCUGUCUCUAGGCGCGAUUGUCACCAUUUCCUCUUCGCGCCAAGCCAAGCUGGACAAGGCCCUGGAGCGACUGAGGGCUUCGGUACCGGAAUCAUCGGCUUCUGUGGACGGAAUAGUAUGCGACCUGUCCGAUCUUGACUCUAUGCGGCCGAAUCUCGAACAGCUGCUGAAGAGCGUUACGGCCACACAGCUACUGGAUCACAUCGUCUAUACUGCUGGCGACGGCAUCAAGAUCCGACCAGUUUCCGAGCUCGAGGUGCCAGAAAUUCAACGCAUGGGCCAUGUCCGCUUCUUCGGCCCCAUGUUACUCGGCGGACUUGCAAAGGCUUACAUGAAACCUUCCAAGGCGUCUUCGAUUACUCUGACCAGUGGCGUCAAUAUCCAGAAGCCGGGAAAGGGAUGGACUGCGGUUGCGGGCUACGGCGGUGGUACCGAAGGCAUUGCAAAAGGUUUGGCCGUCGAUCUGGCUCCUAUCCGUGUCAACACUGUCAGCCCAGGAGCGGUACACACGGAAUUGUUCGACGGCAUUCCCCAAGACAGACUACCCGCGGUUCUAUCCAGCUUCCGGAAAUCGAGCUUGACUGACAGUGUUGGCACUCCAGAAGAGCUAUCGGAGGCUUAUAUUUACUUGAUGAGGUGCUCGUUCGCGAGCGGCUCAAUAGUUGAAGUGAAUGGCGGAUCAUUGCUAGCAGGGUCUGAUGGUGCCUCCAUAUAG